GCCCACUCUUCUCGUUCACUUUCUUCCCUCCUUUUCAGCAUCUCCAUUAUCAUUCACUCUUCUUCAUCGGGGAGCCUUCUCCAUCAUCUCUAAGAGUCGAGAGUCUGCAUCGAUUUCUGCAGUUUUUUCAGCAUGAGAUCGCCUAUGUCCCCUUCCUUGGUGCGCGGCGAUCAUCACGACGAGCCCCACUUCCUUGAAUCUUGUUUCCUUUGCCGGAAACCCCUUGGUUUGAACUGCGACAUCUUCAUGUACAGAGGGAACACACCGUUCUGUAGCAAAGAGUGUCGGAGAGAACAGAUAGAGUUUGACGAUGCCAAGGAGAAGAAGAGCUGGAAAAUGUCCCCUCCUACUUCUUCUUCUUCUUCUUCCUCUGCACCAAACAAGUCUGUACGGACGGGUGCGGUUGUGGUGGCCUAGUGAUCUCUACCAAGGAAGAGGUUCCACGCGAAAGUUGGAUCUUUAGGACUCGAGUCUCUAAUCUUGCAAAGCUAGCCAUGAAGGAGCCGAUCGAGGGUAUGCAUGCGUCUUGAACAGCCUGAGAUUUUGCAUAUUCAAUGCAUAAAAUGAAGCCCGGCGUAAACGCCUGGUUUGUGCAAUUUUGGGUGUAAUCGAUCUCUGUUUAAACUUUUUUUUUUAUUUUUUCGAAAUCUUUUAGGCGAUGAUGUAUCAAAGAGACUUUUGCAUGA